AUUCCAGCCCGUUGUUCUACAUUUUGACAUUGUUGACAUUAUACUUGUGUUUAGUUUAUCUAUUCAAGCUGAUUACAUUUGACCACUAUAUAACAAAAACAUGAUCAUAAAUGACUAAAUAAUAAUAGAUCUGCUCAGUUAACAAACAAAAAAGGAAUGUUUUCAUUCGAAUAUUUUGAGCGAAUGACUGUUAGUCCUGGAUCUGUUACUGCGACUUUACUAGUUGGGUUAGUUGUUUACAUUUUAACUGUUGUACUGCGAGAAAUCAUUGGAUUUAUCAAUUUACGGAAAACAUUUAGUGGUUUACCAGAACCAGGAAAAAGGCACUGGUUGUAUGGUCAUCUUCACUUGCUUCCAGAACCUGGAGAGAAAUUGAUAACAUGGGCACAAGAAACAACUGGGCGAUUACCACGUAUAUACUGUUUUUGGACAGGGCCAUUCAGGCCGAGUGUAAUGUUGAACCAUCCAGAAACUGCUAGUGUUCUUUUAAAAACUGCAGAACCUAAACCAGUUCAGUGGGGAGGAGCUUACAGACAUGCCUUACCUUGGCUUGGAGAAGGAUUGUUAUUAGCUGGAGGUGCCAAAUGGGCUAGAUCCAGACGAUUACUAACACCAGCCUUCCAUUUCGAUAUUCUCCGUCCAUAUCAAAAUAUUUAUAACGAGGCAGCUGACUUGUUAUUGGAAAAUAUUGAUAAAUAUGCUGAGACGGGCGAAAGUUUUGAAGUAUUCCAGUUGAUAAGUGCUUACACCUUAGAUGUGAUGCUUAGAUGCGCAUUCUCAUAUGAGACGGACUGUCAGAAAAAUAUAAGUGGCGAAUCUCAUCCAUACUGUAAUGCUGUUGGUAUUAUUUCAAAGUGCUGGGCAGCAAGAAGCAGAUCACCAUGGUUGUUUCCAGAUACAAUAUUUUACUUGACUUCCAUUGGUAGAGAAUUUUCAAAGAAUUGUGAUUAUGUACAUAAAGUGGCUGAUGACAUUAUAAAAGCCAGAAGAAAAGUAUUGGAAACAGAGGAUAUUAGUAAAAAGAAAUGUUUAGAUUUCCUAGAUAUUUUAUUGACAGCAAAAGACGAUGACGGCAAAGGUCUAACAGAACAAGAAAUUAGAAAUGAAGUCGACACAUUUCUAUUCGAAGGUCAUGAUACAACUGCAAGUGCAAUAUCCUGGAUUUUAUACUCAUUGUCCAAGGAAAAGGAGUAUCAAAACAAAUGUCAAGAAGAAGUAGAUUCUGUACUCAGAAAUAAUAACUUUGUUGAAUGGGAUGAUUUGUCCAAAUUCGAGUACCUUACCAUGUGUAUCAAGGAAGGCAUGAGACUUCACAGUCCUGUACCGUUUAUACAAAGAAGAAGCACCAAAGAAGUUGAAAUCGAUGGCCAUCGAAUUCCACCUGGAACAAAUUUCUCAAUAAGUCUGAGCUCUGUACAUAUUAAUCCAACAGUUUGGAAAGAGCCAAACAAGUAUGACCCGGAGAGAUUUUCUAAGGAAAAUAUUAUGAACAAUAAAGGAUAUACUUAUUCAUUUGUGCCUUUCUCAGCUGGUCCAAGGAACUGUAUAGGACAGAACUUUGCUAUGAAUGAGGAGAAGACAGCUCUUACAAGAAUACUAAAGCGGUAUGAAUUGACAGUUGAUCCAGAUCAUACAGUAGAACGAAUAGGUGCUGCGGUUAGAAGAGCUAAAAAUGGGAUAAAAAUGUUUGCCAAAAGGCGGUGAUGACAACCAAGGAUUCAACUCAAAGACACAGAAAUACUGUAUAACCAAUGUUAAUUAUAACAUUUGAAAUGGAAACUUAUUAAGAACAAAGUCUGAAGUCCAUUGAAGGACUAUUAAGAUAUGAUUAUAACAAAAAUAUCAGGGCAACUAUUUCAGCUAUAUAUCAUGAGGUCUUAACAACAGAAUCAUUUUAGCUUGCUUGAUUCUUUCCUGCCGCUAUUUUUAACCAUUGUUGUUUUUAUCUGUAGUAUGUCAUUUUAUUGACAUUUUUUUUUAUAAACAAGUACAAAAAGGAAGCAAACUUUUGGUACACGUUCUUUUUUCGACUAGUUGAUUUAUACUUACUAUGAUAACAUUCGAGUUCUAUUAUUACCUCUUUUGUUGAACACGUUUGUGCCAAGAUUCCUUGCCUGAUUAAAAUAUGGUUUUUUUUGAAGAAUUUUUAUUCUUGCUUUUUUUCAAAAAGUUAUAGGAAAUAAAGUCACCAUAGAUACCAUAGAUUGAAAUUUUAUAUUUACGCCAGAUGCGCGUGUCGUCUACAAAAGACUCAUCAGUGACGCCCGAAACCAAGCAACUCUCUGCCUACCUCUUUUUUGCCACGGAAAUGGUUAUAUCCGAUCCAUUCUCUUCAGGAGGAGACACGUCGACAGCAACGUCAGCAAUUUGUUAGUUAACGAUUAAGUCAAGACGAACAACUAGUUGUUGGCCAAUGGUAAUUAAUAUGCAUUUGGAUAUUAUAUUUCAAAUCAGAUUGUUUGGUACCGCCCCCUCAGGUAUGAUUUAUAGAUUAUGGAGUUUUUGAAUUUUAAAGUUUAUUUCUAUGUCAGUUUAUUGGGAACCACUUAUGAUAUGUCAAGUGUAUAAGUUGUGAAAUUGUGCUGUUUUUGGUAUUAUCAGAGUUGCAUGUUUCUCUGAAAUAAGAAAACCAUAUUGUACAUCGCAAAUUGAUCUAGUCAAAUGGUGGUCACAUUUACACUAAAUGCUUUGCGCUUUUGAUACAAUCAAAAUACUAUACUGAGUGGAAAAUGCAAUACUGAAAACUUGUUCUGUAAGUAGGUUAAUGAAGGGAGUAUGUAAGAUAAAUGACAUUAUGAUAAAAAGGCAUUUGAUCGUUUUAAGAUUUUAUAGGUAGAUUUCUAUUUUUCUAGGAAGUCAUGACAUUUAUUUAAAAUAAAAGUAUUACAUAGCAUAA